AUGGCCAAUUGGUCGCACAGACGUCAUGCUGCCUGUGCGGCGGACUGUCAGCCUUGCCGUCCACAGGCAUGUGCCUUGACUUACAGCAUGGCCGUUGCAUCAUCGCCAGCCCCAGUCGGCUCCGGCGUCUUUGUCUCCGGUGCCCUUUUCGUCAUCUGUCUCCUCGUCCUCUUGCUCCUGCGACGGUUCUUGACGCUUCGUGCGACGCCCGCCUACAUUGUCGUCCCCGUCUUUCUGUCAUUGGUGCUGCCUGCCAGCGUCGUGUUGCUCGUGCCCAUCGACCUUGCGUCGAGCUCACGCGCCGGAGGAGCCCCCAAGGGCAUCUGGCUACCCGACCGCGCAGUUCUGGUUUUGUGGCGGAUCGCCUACUGGCUGAUCUUUGUCUUGACCUGGUUCGUCUCUGGCUGUGUUGUUUCUCCCGUCUUUCUAUCCAGUUGCCUGCAGUAUACUCAGAAAUUUCAAUCCAACAGGGUCAUUCUGCCACUCCUGGGUGAAUUCGUCGAUUCUGGAUAUCGGGAACCCAAAGACCGUUUUCUAUACUCACUGCGCUCCAAUGCCCGCUAUCAUUUAAUCGUCCUCGCUUGCAGCGUCGUCGGCCUCAUCUACAUCUCGAUCCACAAUGGAUUCGACUUCACCUCCAUCAAGGCCCUUGUUAUGGCGCUGGCCUACGUGUGGGGUCUGGUUCUGGCCAUUUACCUCAUGGGCCAUGGCCUGGUCUCCAUUCCACGUUCGUUUCUUCGGAAAGCCAGCAAUGCCGGCACCCUACACAGGCUCCAGGCGCAUGCUCCCAAGGUGUACGACCGCCUGACAGAUGCCAUCAACGAGCUGGAGGAGCUGGAGGCGCAAGUAGCCCAACUCCAGCAACGUAAGACGGGCAGUGCUCGAGAGUUCCAGGACUGGAUCGAGGAAUUGGCCGAGUAUUCGAGUCUGCCGGAGUCUCGCCCGGUGGCUCUUCAGUCCAUCAUCAAUAACUCGACCAGAUCGGUGCCCGCGGUCAUAACAGAGCGAUACAUGGCGGAUCUAUCGAGACGUCUUCAGCGGGCUCGGCAUCAGAAAGCGCGGUUUGUCGAUGAAUGGGACCGGCUGGUGCAGUCGGCCGCGGACUACCAAGCCAUCGUAAAUUCCUCCGCUUCCAGGAAGCUCGACUUUGGUCGGCCUGCGUCGCAUGCCGCAUUUCUGUCUCGAGUGGGCUUCCUAACCCCAACCUUGCGGUACCAUGUCUACGUGCAUCUGCUCCCCAGCGUCCGACUCAUUCUAGCGGCGGUUUUCUCGGCCGCUUCCGUGUGCGUUGUCUGGUCUGAACUUAUCAAGAGCCUUGCUCCGCGCCUCUCGAUUAUCAGCCUCAGCUUGGUCCCGCGUCCGGACGAUGGCGGUCAGAUCGGGUUUGGAGGACAAGUGGUGGCAUCCCUCUGGCUUCUGUACAUGUGCGCCGCCGCUCUGAAGGGCGUCAACGACGCCAAGGUCUGGGGCAAUCGGGCGCUCGUCCGCCGGAAUACCUACGGUGAAAGCGCGUGUUGGUACGCGGGACAGAUUGCCCGUCUCACAGUGCCUUUGGCCUACAACUUUCUCACCUUCCUUCCGGAGGAAGUUCGUCGCGACACCACGUUUUACCGAUUCCUCGGUCGGUCUAUCGAUCUGACUCCGUUGGGGAAAGGCUUUGAUUAUUUUUUCCCGAUCUUUGUCCUUCUUCCGGUGGGGGCUACGAUGUUCAAUCUAUACGGUCGCAUCCAGAAAGUGUUCGGAUUCGGCCUUGUCGAAGACGAUGACGACGAUGCCGAGAAUCCAGGCGGAUUUGGGACCGGGGGCUGGCGGGAAGGACGGGCGCUGAUUGAGCGGGAGUUGAGCGGCCUGGGAUCCUUGGGCCUCACGUCGAGAACCCACGAUCCCGUCCGAAACGGGGCUCCUGGCGCUGGAAAUGCCGCUCGCCGCACAGCACCGACCAGCUGGGCUCCACCGGCGGAACGAUUCUCUCGAGUCUCUCGCUCCGGCCGAGCGACCGCAGCCUCCUCGCAGCCUGUCCUCGACGAUGAGGGCGAGGAGAAUUUCUUCCAAUCCUUUGCCCAUCGGGUGCGAAACACGUUCGAGACUGCUUCCGCGCCACAGUGGCUGCAAGCAAACCUGUCAGGUUUGCAGCGUCCGCGAUGGAUGGCUGGCGACGGCAAUGCGCAGGGCCGGGGCGGUGGGCUCUUUGCGAGGUUGUUUGGGGGUCCUUCGGCGGAAGGACAUGUGAGGCUAUAG